UUCCACUCGACACACCAACCAAUCCAUUGCCACUCAAAGAACGCCGUCGCAGACGUAGCCCGCUAAUGAUUCCUGACGAUGAACGCCUCACACUCAAAAGCCUCGAAUCGAACCUCACGGUCAAACAACCCAAACCAAAACACAUCGAAUACGAAAAAAAGAAGCAGGAAAACGAUCUGGCCUGGCGCCAACAGAUCCUUCACCAGUCUCUCAAGUAUUGUUUUGAAAAGAUCCACCGAAAGCAACCCAGUCUGUCAGCAAAGCCAACCAAACAGUCGACCAAUACAUCGGCUACGAUACAAAACUCCCGGAUUUCUUCUUCUGUUGGUACUGCUGUUGGUACUGCUACGUCUAAUGUAGAUAAUAUCCAUAUUUACGAGUCUCAGAUACGCGUUCCUCUUUCGGCAUCAUCUUCUAGCUGUUAUACUCAGGGCGGAGGAAGUGACAUCGGUCGGGACAAGGCCCAAUAUGAAGCAGUCGUGGCCCAGACAAUGCACCGCCGACCAAAGGGUCACGAUGGUCGCCGCAGGACCCGGUCUGACUCAACACCGGUUGUGAACAUGAAUGGAAAUGUGGUAGAGGAUCCCUUGGUAGUCGUGGUUGCGACAUCGACGGAAAACAAGGAAAUUAACCAAACAAAGACUAGUAGCCUUCAAAUCAUUCGUGAACACCAUCAUAAUCAUAAUCAUAACCAUAAUCAGCAUCAUCAUCACCGUCCGUCUCGUUCCAUAUCCCCACAAACAACAACUACGUCAAUGUCAAUGACUGGAACAGCAACAAUUCCUCAAAGUGCCCGGACCCCUUCUCUAAUCUACGAUCCCUCCUCGCCUAGCUCUAUUGAGUCUACGGUUGACAAUGAUUACUUGGAUGGAAAACAAGAUACCCUUUUGCCUUUUGCAGAGAAUACCUCUUAAAAAUAUAUACAUAAAUAUAUCUUCUUCUUCUUCCUCUUCUUCUUUUAAGCCUGGUGCUACUUUCUUUCUAUUUGCUUAUAUAAUUUUUUGUAUGUAUUUUCGUUUUAAUAAUAGUAAUAAUAAAGAAUAUCAAUUUUGAUAAGCACACACAAACCUGGUGUGUAU